AUUUUAAAUGAUUCCAAUAUUACAAUUGGAACUGAAGGUUAUGGGAAAUUUCAUGCAUUAAAUGAGCAUAAAUGCAACUUUCUUUUUGUAUAUGAUUAUCCAGUAUCGGAAGGAUUAGCUAUCCAACAUAUGCAAUCAUUUAUUCAACUUGCACAAGCCUUAGAUCGAAUCUUUGUCUUGCCAAAUAUAUUCUUAAACAACAAUACAAAAGUGAUGUUCAUCACUCAACAAGAAUUUUAUGAAUGGACAAGAUCACUUGAUUUUGCACUAACAACUCAUCAUGCAUACAUCGAAGAAGAUGACUCUAAUUCUUUUGUGGAGGCAAUCAAUCCACUUGAAAAGACUCGAGAAAAUUUUACAAGAAUUCUGAUCGACAAGCUAAAUAUAGAAACACAAUUAAUACUGAUGAGUUAUAAUACGCGGGAGACAUUUUCUUCAAAUGUAAUACCCUAUUCAAUAUAUUCACAAGAUAUUUUAUUAGAAGCGAAUACAAUCGUUGAUAAAUUGAAACCAUUUGUUGCAAUACAUUUGAAUGUGGAAUUUACUGAUCAAAAUCGGUUAAAUCCAUGCACCAAACUUAUUAUUGAAACUUUAAUGAAUUUUGGACGAGAUUUUGGAAUUCAAAAUAUUUAUUUCACUACAAAUAAACCACUUUUCAACGGAUCAUUUAUAUUUGAUGUUUUGAUUGAAUACCAAAGUGAAAUGAUGGAAACAUUAACUCAACCCAUGUCAUUCAAUACUUGGAAUUCAAUGAAUUCAUUUAAUAUUAAAGAUUUUGAAAAGUUAGGAAUAAGAAGUUUCGAAAAUUCCGACUAUGUUAUGGAUAUUAACGGUUUCGAAAUUUUUGAUCACAUUGCAGAUGUUAAAGAAUUUGAAGGAACAGGUAUUCAUGAAAUAUUAGAUAAAUUGGUAUCUAUUAAUGCAGAAUAUUUCCUAGCAGAUCUUGCAGAAUGUUCAUCAGUAACGGACAGCUUUAAAAGUCAAGUUAUAAAAACAAGAGAGAUCAUGAUUAAUAAAGGAAAUAAAAAACUAAAAAAGCGCUAUUUUUAA